AUGAAUGGAGAUGAAGCCUUUGCAAAGAGACCCAGGCAUGAUGCUAAAAACAUCAGAGAAGAGAAGCAAGGUGAGCAUCCCCGGAGACAAGUCAGUGACCAUGCACUACAUUUGGUGACUCUCAGUCCAUUCUGGAAGAUGGGAAGAGAGCCAGCCAGCAGCAUUAAAGCCCUACUGUGUGGCAGGGGAGAAGCUAGGGACUUUGAUGAUAUUGCCAAAUACUUCUCUAAUAAAGAGUGGGAAAAGGUGAAAGCCUCAGAGAAAAUCAUCUAUGUGUAUAUGAAGAGAAAGUAUGAGGCCAUGACUAAACUAGGUUUCAAGGUUACCUUUCCAACUUUCAUGCAUCAUAAAGGGGCCGUAGACUUCCAGAGGAAUGAUUUUGAUAAUGACUGUAACCACAGGAAUCAGGGUGAAUAG